UCUGGUGAAUGCUAGAGUAACAUAUGUUGUUAUCAGUACAAGUUAAGUUCCCGUUUGAAACAGGGUUCGCUGCAUUUCUUUAUAUCUAACGAGUAUACUGUUAAAAUAUAACUGUCUAAGCGCAUGCGCUCUCGUAGCUCAGACUGAGUGGCGCUUCAUAAGCGUCCCGGCUCUAAUAGGGUGUCAAGUUACAAAUGUGCGCUGCUUAUAAUAUAAGAAUUACAGCCUGCCUUGUAUUCUACAUUUCUUUUUGCUAAUAAUGUUCAUAUUGAUGUUUAAUUAUCAAGUUUAAUUUACUGUGCUGUGUUAUUGCCAGUUUGUUAUAAUUUAUUUUUACUAUUAUCAUGUAUAUUAUGUAUAUUUAUGUUUAUGUCUUUGGUUUAUAUUUUUGUAGAAAAACCACAACCACGACCAAACCAUCUGUUGAGUGGUGACAAUAAAUGGGUUAUUUCCAGAAAAGUGCAUCUUCAUUUCGUCUCUAAUCGGACAGUCUUUGGUGGGUCAGCACCCUGAUCUGGCAACUUGUGUCUUAUAACACUACCAAGCAAACAAACUAAUUUACAUGGUCCUUCGAGCCGGAUCCUGGACUUGCCAAAGAGAUAGAAGAUGUCACAACAUGAAGAGGAUGAGCCAACUGUGCAAGUCAGGAGGAAAACUGUCCUUCCCGCACGUUAUGAUGAGUAUGAUCUCACUGGAUUCACCCUCCCUAAGCAUGAUACACAACCCAUGUCACCACUCGUACAUUCAAGUAGACUGGCUGAAGGCGACGAAGCAGAAGAAGGCGCAAGUGGCUUUACUCCAUUGUUACCAGGUUAUGAAGUAGACAGUCCGCUACAGUGGUCUGGUGACGAGUAUGAUUCUGCAUCAGAGAUCAUAAGGAGAGAGAAUAAGGAUCUCCGCAUAGCCCUGCAAAUGAUACAGCAGGAAAGAAACACAUUCCAGAAUGCAAAUGACCAACACAUAAAGGAGCUUUCUCAGCUCAAGCAACAGAUGAAGCAGCUACAAAUUCAGAUGGAUCAACAACGUCCAGGAAAUCAGCCACCUUCACCUGUUGCCCUUCCAAGGAAGCAUAGCUCCAGUCGUCCUAUACCUGCACCACGUGUCCAGCCACAGGCACAUUCUGUGGAAAUGGGAAGCAAACCUGUACCAGCUCAACGCAUUAGGCUACAAAUGGAGCAUCAGACUCAAAACAAGUUUCAAAGCUCAACUCCAGUAUCCGCCCCCCUUACAAAACAGAGUGCCUCCUACAAUUAUAUGCCACAAACGGGUCAGAGAUCCGACGUGCAAUAUUCCCAUGGAGAGGACCCAUCUAAUUCUCCAUAUAAGGACUCUCAAGACACUGCCAGGCAUCCACAAAUACAAUGCCGCUCGCUCACUCCAUCACCUCCGCCUGAGCAAGAACUGAUGUAUCGAGGUCCAACUCCUACGAUCCCUGACUUCAUACAUCCCAACCCAAGAGAGUUCUCGCGGCUGAAAAUUGCUCUGGAGAAUGUCCUCCCAGCUAAUACAACAGAAAGAUUCAAAUUUCAGAUACUGAUGGACCAUCUGAAGUUAGAGGAGGCUUUACUAAUUGCUGACUCAUACUGUCAUUCUCAACAUCCUUACACAAGAACAAUGGCCGCUUUAGACCAACAGUAUGGCCAGCCACAUCAACUGGCUCUCCAGCGCAUUGCCGAGUUAAUGGAUGGCCCAAGCAUAGCUAGUGGAGAUCAGAAGGCAUUUCGUCUUUUCGCUCUUAAAGUACGUUCACUAGUUGGCAUGCUAGAGUAGUUAGGCAGGAAGGGCGCUCACGAGUUACAAUGUGGUUCUCAUGUGUCUCGGCUGCUUGGAAAGCUUCCCCACGACCUGAGAUCAGGGUUUCGGAGGUUUGCACAUCCACAUCGUGUACCCAUCCCUACUCUUCUGGAUCUUGCAGAAUGGCUGGAGUUCGAAAUUGAAGUUCAAGAGGACACUACAAGGUUCGUAAGCAAUCAACGCAAAGGACCCUCAACACGAACACGAGAGACUUUCAGAGACUCUAAGCCAGCCACUAAAGGCACCACAAUUUUUCUGGGUACUGAGAAGGUGAAUUCUGAGUCUACACUAUCUACUCCACCAUCUACCAGUUCUCUGAGGCCCUACUGCCCCUACUGUGAUAACAGUAAGCACUCCCUUAACAACUGCAGCAACUUCAAACGGCUUACUAAGGAGCAAAAACAAAGCUGGGUCAAAGACAAUAAUAGAUGCUGGCGUUGUGGCAGAACUCACAAGUCUGCAGAAUGUAACCUGAAGAUGCGCUGCAGACAGUGCAGCAGUCGACACCUUAUGGUUCUGCAUGACAUCAGUGUUGGUAAGCCAGAGAAUCCAAAGUUUGUUAAGGAUGAAACUGCUGAUACCAACAGCUGUCUAUUCAAUACCAUGAAUGAGAUUCUCCUGAUUCAUAAACCGCCUACCAGCAGGAAGGUUCUACUUAAAAUCAGCAAAGUGAUUCUCAGAAAUGGCAAGAAAAGGUUGAACGCAUACGCAAUCCAGGAUGAUGGAUCGGAAAGAACUAUCCUCCUUCACAGUGCAGCACAGCAGUUAGGCCUCAAAGGUCACCCUGAAGAUCUCCCACUCAGAACAAUCAGGCAGGAGCUACAAGUGCUCAGAGGAGCAGCAGUCUCAUUUGUGAUCUCACCAAUUGCUCAGCCGACUAAAAGGUAUUACAUCAAAGGUGCUUUCACUGCUCAACAGUUAAGCUUAGCAGAACAUUCACACCCAGUGAAGACUCUGAGGGAGAGAUAUCAGCACCUUAAAGGACUUCCACUGCAUGACUUUGAAGCGGUCUGUCCUGUGUUGCUCAUUGGUUCAGAUUAUCUCCAUCUAAUCACUCCUGUAGAACCAGUUAGGCUAGGACCACCAGGGGGACCAGCUGCCAUAAAGACACGACUUGGCUGGACAUUACAGGGUCCGAUCCAACACUUACGGAAGGACAUGACUGAACAACACUGUCUCUUUACUGCAGUCUCAUUCCCGGAAGCUGAUCUCUACAGGCAAGUAGAGAAAUUAUGGCAGAUGGACUUACUACCCUGGCGUAACGAAAAGAUGUGUCUCAGAUCCAAACAGGACCAAGAGGCAGUGGAGCUUCUUGAAAGGAAGACAGUAAGGGUUGAAGUGGAGGGCGUCAAACGAUAUGCAACCCCUCUCCUGCGUGUCAAGAACAUGCCUGAACUGAAAGCACCAAAAGAAGCCGUCUUGUCGCAGCUGAGGGCCACUGAAAGGAGACUAGCCAAAAAUCCCCAGCAAGCAGCCACUUAUACCAAAGAGAUUGCAAAACUGGUACAAGCAGGAUAUGUUAACAAUUUACCUCAAGAUGCUGUAACAGACACAUUUGGCUCCUGGUACAUCCCACACCACAUGGUGCAUCACAAUGGGAAAAACAGGAUAGUUUUCAACUGCUCGUUCCAAUAUCAUGGACAAAACCUCAAUGAGCUUCUGCUCCCAGGACCAGUGUUGGGGCCAUCUCUACUUGCGGUGCUACUCAGAUUCAGGGAACAUUCCGUGGCAGUUAGCAGUGACAUCAAGGGGAUGUUCCACCAAGUUAGGCUGCUCCCAGAAGACAAACCACUAUUGCGCUUCCUCUGGAGAGACCUAAAUGCACAAGAACUACCCAGUGUGUACGAAUGGCAAGUCCUUCCUUUCGGCACCACUUGCAGCCCCUGCUGCGCCGUCUUUGCACUCCAGAAACAUGCCAUUGAUCAUAGCCAGCCAGGAGAUGAUGUCCGUAAUUCUGUGCUGAAAUCCUUUUAUGUAGAUAACUGCUUACAAAGCUUCACUUCAGCAGAAGAGGCAAAAUGCUUUGUUGACAGAAUCAGGACCCUGCUGGCAGAUGGAGGCUUUGAGUUGAGGCAGUGGUCCAGCAAUGCCCCUUCAACGAUAAGUCACCUGCCCCACGACACUAUAUCAGACAGUGCAGAACUCUGGAUUUCGCAAGGCCGUACGGACAUCCAUGAAUCAACCUUGGGGCUCCUCUGGAACCAUCAGUCUGAUACACUCUCCUACAAAUACCGUGCUAAGGACAGUUGUGAGACCACCAUGCGCAACAUAUAUAAAGUGCUGGCCAGCCAGUACGACCCGUUAGGUUACCUCAUCCCGUAUACCACUCGCGCCAAGAUCAUUGUACAACAUCUGUGGGAUAAAAAACGGGAUUGGGAUGAUCCACACUUGCCUGCAGAUCUGUUACAAGCCUGGACUAAGUGGGAGGAGGAGCUACCAGCCCUACAAAAUAUUGUUCUUCCUCGGUGUUACUGUAGCCCCAUCAAAGACACAGCAACGAGCCUAAGAGACAUUCAUGUUUUCUGUGAUGCCUCUGAACGUGCAUAUGGCUCCGUGGCAUAUCUUCGAACAGAGGACCAACAUGGGCAAACAGAGGUGGCUUUCCUAACAGCCAGAUCCCGUGUAGCACCAAAAAAACAACAGUCUGUUCCACGACUGGAAUUAUGCGCUGCACUGACUGGAGCUCAACUUGCCAAAGUACUCCAAACCGAGUUGAACCUACCCAUACGCCAAACGAUCUUGUGGACUGACUCUACCACCGUCCUCACAUGGUUACAAUCCGAUUCAUGCCGGUUCAAAGUAUUUGUGGGGACUCGGGUUGCAGAGAUCCAGGAUCUCACAGAGAAACACAGCUGGAGAUAUGUACCCUCCGCAAACAAUCCAGCUGAUGACAUCACUCGGGGAAGGAGUCUUUGUGAGCUUGGCCCAGAAAGUCACUGGUACCACGGACCACUCUUCCUGAAAAAUCCACCUAAUCUGUGGCCGGAAUGCCCCACUUCAAAGGAGCUAGACAAUAAUGAGCUUCGUAAGGUUGGUACCUGCACUCUAGUAUGUUUCACAUAUUCUGAUUUCAGUCAGUUUAAGACUCUCGAGGAGCUAAUCGAGUCCAUAGCUCUUCAAGGGUCUACUGAUAGUAAUCCCACAGCUAGUGACUACAGAAGAGCUGAGAUUAGUGUUCUGCAGCAAGCACAGCAGGAAUGUUUUCCAUCAGACUUAGAGCAACUGAGGACUGGUAAACCACUUGCGUGCAACAGCAGACUAAGAGCAUUAGCCCCAGAACUUGAUGGAGAAUCCCAAUUAAUCCGAGUCGGUGGACGUUUACGACAUAGUCCCUACCUGGAGCCCAACAACAUGCACCCUAUUGUACUGGAUCCAAGACACCCAAUCACGAAACUUAUCAUCCAAAAUUGUGAUUCAAAACUUUGUCAUCCAGGUCCUGAGAGGGUGUUCGCUGAACUCCGCCGUAAGUACUGGGUUCUGCGUGGAAGAGAGGCUAUCAAGCGUUUGCAACGAGAGUGUGUGCAGUGUCAGAGAUGGAGGAACAAACCAGAGGUGCCUAAAAUGGCGGACCUUCCCCCAGCAAGACUGCGUCUUUUCCAGCCCGCCUUUUACUCCACUGGCGUGGACUGCUUCGGUCCUUACACUAUUAGAACAGGUCGGCGCAGUGAGAAGAAAUGGGGAAUAAUAUUCAAAUGCCUCACCACUAGAGCAGUCUACAUCGACAUCCUCCACAGUCUGGAAACUGACUCCUUCCUUAUGGCUCUCAGGCGGUUCACAGCUAGACGGGGAAAACCCCAUGAACUUCUGUCAGACCAAGGCACGAACUUCAGAGGAGGUGAGAGAGAGCUAAGGGAAGCCUUUACAGCUCUUGGCCCAGAUCUGCCGAGACAAUUGGCCAAACAGCAGAUCAAAUUCCAAUUCAAUCCACCAAAUUCACCACACUUUGGAGGCUGUUGGGAGCGAGAAAUUCGCUCUUUGAAAAACGCACUGAUGGUGACUCUAGGAACUCAAUCAGUAACCUUUGAGGUUCUUCAAACCGUGCUGGUAGAGAUUGAGGGAAUUUUGAAUUCCAAACCACUGGGAUAUACAUCAUGUAAUGCUUCAGAUCCUGACCCUAUUACUCCAAAUUGCUUUCUAAUGGGGCGGCCGGAUGCAUCACUCCCCCUGACAGUAUACCCACAGUCGGAACUGAUCAGUCGGCGUCGAUGGCGCCACAGCCAAAUUCUUGCGGACCAAUUUUGGAGACAUUAUGUCAAAUUCUACCUCCCUGGUCUUCAAGGUCGUCAAAAAUGGCAAAGGGAUACUCCAGACAUCCAGGUUGGCACUGCGGUGCUGAUCAUUGACCCGCAACUACCCAGAGCUCUCUGGCCCGUAGGGAAGGUGUCAGAAGUAUACCCUGGAGCUGACACCAGAGUGAGGACAGCCAAAGUUCAAGUGGGAGAUAGGGCUUACACUAGACCAGUCGCACGCCUUAUACAAUUACCUGCCAUUCCUGAUUAAAGUAAUUGUAAAUCCAACCAAUAAAAUAAGCCUUUUCGUAUAAGUACAUAUUUCCUUAUGGAAAUCUGGGGGCGGCUGUAAAAAAGGCUAUGGGUUUCUAUUUUUCUAACUGUAUUUAAAUCUCUCCUUCUACAUGUUGAGACAUGUACAUACUCAGACCACUUCACCUGAGCGAAUUAGCGUCCAGAAACCUUGACCACGUGAUCCCCCCCGCCCUCACAGUGACUGAAGAUCAGUGCAGGGGGAUACAGGUCGAAGCCUUAAGUUACUUCAUUAUCAUUGUUUCUGGACUGUUUAAAGAUCGCCUUUUGGACAAAGUGUUGUGUGUGAAUGCAAAAAAAAACCACAACCACGACCAAACCAUCUGUUGAGUGGUGACAAUAAAUGGGUUAUUUCCAGAAAAGUGCAUCUUCAUUUCGUCUCUAAUCGGACAGUCUUUGGUGGGUCAGCACCCUGAUCUGGCAACUUGUGUCUUAUAACACUACCAAGCAAACAAACUAAUUUACAAUAUUUCUAAAAAUUCAUUUCUUAAAGGGAUAGUUCAUCCAAAGAUGAAAAUCCUGUCAUCAUUUACUCAUCCUCCACUUGUCCAAACCUGCAUGUCUAAAGAGUUGAUGGUUGAUGAGCUGUUUGGUUACCAAAAUAAAUAUCUGCUUUUGUGCUCAACAGAAGAAACUCAUACAGGUUUAGAACAGGUGGAGGGUGAGUAAAUGAUCACAGUUUCAAUUUUGGGUGAAAGACCCCUCAUCUUAAACUAGGCAAAAGUACAUUUCCAGUUCUAAAUGUUCAG